CGCACAAUUAAAAUUUUUUGACUUAUCGAAUCCACCUUCUCAAAUGCUUGUUAAAGGAAAUGCUCGGUUGGCUGGAUUGGAGAAAGAUUUAGGAUUGUCAAACGGACAAUACCAAAUCGCCCUGGCCGUAUUUUUCAUUGGUGAGGUUGUGAUGAAGAUACCAUCGAAUGUGAUACUACAUAGAUUUGCACCGUCAAAAUGGAUUUCGCUCAUCAUAUUUUUCUGGUCAAUCGUAACUUGUUUCACGGCCACCAUACAAAAUUUCGAAGAUCUUAUAGUCACGCGCGUGUUCUUGGGAAUUACUGAAGCAGGGUUGACUCCGGGAAUAAUGUACCUAUUGAGCAUGUGGUACAGUCCCAAAAAACUUGCAACUCGAUUCGCCAUCUAUUACUCUGGUGGGGUCUCGGCCGGUGCCUUUGGAGGUUUGUUAGCAUACGCGAUUACUGGAAAUUUACAUGGCGUUGCCGGACUCCAAGGCUGGAGAUGGCUCUCGAUCAUCGAAGGUUUUUGUGGGUUUAUCAUCGCCCUGAUUGCAUACUUCACAUUGCCCGACUUUCCAGCCACAUCGAAAUUUCUCACCGAUCAAGAACGCAUCUUCCUGAUGUCCCAACUCGGUGACUGUCCAUCAUCUACAAAACAAUGCAAGUCUACAAAAGAAUUUGUGAGAGAUGGAGUUAUUCCUACUUUCAAAGAUUGGAAGGUCUAUUACGCCAUGCUCAUAAAGGCCGCUUGUGGAGUCGCCAUGAAUUCUAUUAUAUUGUUCUUACCCACAUUAGUUCAUUCGAUGGGCUUCGAAGUAUUGAACAGUCAACUUAUGACUGCUCCACCUUAUCUGGUUGCUGUCUUCUUCUCGCUGUCGGUUGCUUUGCAUUCUGACAAAGUUGGCGAGAGGCCAUUUCACAUUGUCGGGCCGGCUUUGGUGGCAAUAUUGGGUUUUGUGUUGAUGGGAGUUUCUUCAAGUCCGGGCAUCUCUUAUUUCGCCACCUUCCUCUGUUCUUCGGGAGUGUGGACAAUACCCCCGGUGGUUUUAACCUGGAUUGCGGAUAUAUUUUCUUUUUCAUACGAAAAGCGUUUGGUCGCUCAUACCGUGGUUCUCGCUUUAGCAAAUCUUUCUG